AUGAAGAGUUUGGUCAUCCAGGAAAUGCAGGAAUAUUAUUACCAGAUACAAAUUCCGAAUAUCACCGUUGGCAGUAACGAACGCCAAAGCAAUGAAUCUACCACUGCACUGAGCAGCAGCACCAAAACAUCGAACUACAAAAUAGCGUUCCCCAUUGGUUUAUUCAUUGCCGGUGCCUUAGGAAAUAUUCUCGCUCUCAUAGUUUUGGCCCGGGCAAGGAAAGAGCAUCAACGCUCGAUAUUCUAUCGUUUGGUCGGUGGUCUCGCUGGAACUGACAUUAUUGGCAUCCUCGCUACGUCUCCUGUCGCCAUUAGUGUGUAUUUCAAUGAUCUCCACUGGGAAGGCGGGCAACGUCUCUGUGACUAUUUUUCUUUUCUAAUGAUAUUUUCUGGCUUCGCAACUGUGUUUAUCGUGAGCGCCAUGGCUUUAGAACGAUACUUGGCGAUAUGCCACCCUUACUUCUACAACACAAGGGCUUACCCAAUGUUAGCUUUCUGGAUCCUGCUAGCCAUCUGGAUUAUCUCGUUUGUCAUCGCCACGUUCCCGUUAUUCGGCUUCGGUCACAAUACCAUACAGCAUCCAGGUAACUGGUGUUUUUUUGAUUCCCACAGUACCGACCUCAUUGAUCAGAUUUUCGCCUAUUUCUACGCUGUCAUCGGAUUGGCCAUGGUUCUCUUCACAAUCAUCUGCAACCUCUUGGCCAUGAUCAGCCUGAUGCAUUCGACAGGGACGUUGCAGACGCAGAAUAAUUACUUGAUGAGAAUGUGUUCCACGCACAGCACCAACCGUAAAAGAAGAGAGCAAUCGCUGCAGAUGUUGUUGCUACUCUUCGGUAUUGUCAUUAUAUUUGCAGUCUGCUGGGCUCCAUUAAUGAUUCGUGUGAUUAUUAACCAGACUCGAUGGCUUCCCAUAAACAAAGAGGCCGACCUAUUAGGCAUUCGACUGGCUUGCUUCAAUCAAGUUCUUGAUCCGUGGGUCUACAUACUCUUUCGCAAGGAAAUUGUCAUGCGUGUUUUAGACUGUGUACGAAAACAUAUCUACUGCCGGUCGUGUCGCCAAGAUUCAGAGACGAACAUAACCCAGCCUCAACUCACUCACCUAUGA